UUGCCCGACCGGGGAGGGGGAGACUUCCGACUGGGAGGGGUUUUGCCCGGCCGAUCGACAAAACGAGGGCAGGUCUGGGAGCGAGGAGCGUUUGACUGUGUUGCUUGUCGUUACCAAGAAUUCACCGAGGGCCUCCGUAGUUCUCUGAUGCCUCCCAAAAGAAAAGGAGCUAUGAUGGCAAAGAGAUCUCAAGGUCAACCCGGACCUUCCUGCGAAAGAAGAGAAUCAGAUGGGAGAAGAACAAGAAAGAAACCAGAGAGAGAACAAAGUUCACAACCGGUAAAGAAGAAGCGGAAGGCACAGUCUGCUGGAGGAAUACCUUCUCCAGAGAGAAAAGUUGUGGUGACUGCAGGCCAAAGAGCAAAGUGGCAGCCAGUUCCAGAGAGCAUUAGAGCGCGCCUGCAAUCCAUCAUGCGUGGAGUAAUAUUAACUAUUGUUUAUGAAAGUACCCAAAGCCAAGGACAAAUUGAAAAGCACUUAAACUGCAUCAAGGAAAGGCUUGUGAAACACUUUGAGACUCUGAAAGUCCCUGUAAAGAAACGAGGUGUCCUGAAAAGUGUCCAGAAGCUUCAGUCGGAGGAAGAAGAAAAGAUUGCAGCAAUUGAAGCAGGCUUGGUGGAACUGCAGGACGCCAUAGGCACAUCGGUGGAAGAAGCAAAGGUCUUAGAUGAAGAAAUCACAGAUCUUCAGAAAGAAGUAAAGGCGUUAAAACGUGAGUUGGCAGCAGAAGAAGAGAUGAUGCAGAAGCUGUUUUUGAAAGAAAGCAAUGAUGUUCUUGCUCUCCCUAAACUCCAGAAAGAGAGCCUUGAAGCACCUCUUCUUCAGGAGCUGAUAUUAAAGAUCCCGAACCAAAAAGGUGUCCUUACAGACUUGAACAAAAUUCAGCAGUCAAAGGAGAUGAAGGCUAUGUUGGUUUCUCUUGAACAAGCCUAUGAAAAUAUGGACGAAUAUGUCCAAAAACCUAACAUUUUGAAGUCGGAACCGCUGUGAUUCUUCCUGAACAGACCUCCUAAACAAAGUUACACGGAUCCUGCACAUCAAAGAACCAAAGCAUAUGCUGCAACUCAUUUUCCUCUUACGAGAAAGCUCAGUGUGAAUCAGUUGGUUUGCAAACUCUGGAACGCUGGUGCCCUGUCUUUCCCAAAAUUUCCCAAUAUCUUGAAUUCUGGCAUGUCUAAUAUCCACAGUUUCUGUGUAAAAACAGGUUUUUUGCUUCUUGCUGCACCUGAAUUCACCAGGUGAUGUUUUCCCUUUUGUAUUGUCAAGACCUUGACUAUUACCAUAUUCAUGACAUUCCACACCUCAAAGAUGGCAACAGGCUAUCUUUGUACAGUCGGACAAUAUUUGUAUAAUACUGAACAUUUGUCUUUCUCAACCCUGCUCUUUUUCCGGAGAACUGAAUAAAACUGUUUAAAUGCAA